AGUGGUGCUGUGGGCGUCGGUGUGGGUCGUUGUCGCUCAGAGUCCAGCAGGACGAGCCCUCAAGUGAGCUUCUCUCGCGCCUUUCACGCUCCGUGCUGACCCCAAAUGCGCAGCUGGACAAGUCGUGCCUCACUUCCUGCGACGUCGUCCGACCUCUUCGAUCCGAUCCGGCGACUGGCGGGACAAGUCGGCGUCUCGAUGAGCGCCAUGCUGUUCGCCCUCGCGCUCGCCGAGUCAUGCGAGAAGCUUAUUGCCGUGCUCAACGAAGCGCGGCAAGCGCAAGUCCAAGUCACGCCUCGAAGCGAGUACGCGCCGUUGCUUACGCACCAAACAAGCUCGUCCUGGGCUGCGACUGCAUCUGCCAGCGUCGCCGCGACGGAGGUGAUUCCGGACACGGCGGAGUGGCAAAGCUCAAGCGUGACGGGGAGCGCAUCGGACGUCGAGGCUGGCCCCACACCACGAUGGCUCCGCUCGAGAACCGCGACAGCAGAGCAGAGCUACUGGCUGAAGCGCUACGCCUCCGUACGCGAUGGUCUUCGACAAGCGAAGUUGAGCGGCAUCCAGCUGGGCGCCGUCGCCAUGCUGCUGUUUCUCUUGCUUUCGCCUCUUCGCUCUACCCGCUCUCUGUCCAUCAAUGAUCCAUCGAUCGCGGUAGCGUGCAUCUCCUCCGUUCCACCGUCCGAGGAUCGGCAAAGCGCACAAGAAGCCCUCCUUCAUGCCUCUCGAGUCCUCUCAUCGCGCGGCGCACAACUCAUCGUCUGGCCCGAAGGCGCGUUGCACGUCCUCGACUCACGCGCAGAAGACGAACUCUGGAGAGCCGCACAGAGCGUAGUGAACAACCACGGCAGUGCUGUCUUGCUCUCCUACCGCCUCGACGGCCCGGAGAGCUCCACCACGCAGAGAAGCACUCUCCUCGCGCGUGACGCGACGCCGUUCGUGCACGACAAGACGCACCUUGUGCCCUUCUUCGAGACCUCCUCUCCCUCUCUGCAUCCCGCCUCCUCCACUUCUCUCCAUCUCGGCUCGACGUCGGUCUCACUCGCCAUUCGCAUCUGCCACGAGAUGGCCUUCCCCUCGAGCCCAGCCCAGGUACUCCUCAUCCCCGCAUCCACGUCCUCGGCGCUUCUCUCUGUGCUGCUCGUCGCUCAAGCGAGAGAAGCCGUGCUUGAAGGUCAAGCUGCGGGCGCACUCAUCUGCGAUGCAUCACCGGCCGCCUUCUCCGGCGUAGUCGACGCCAGCGGCUUCGUCUCACUGCGCCAGAACGACGCGCUGACGAUGCAUCGCAUCACGCUGCCGCGCGGCGACGACACACGCCAUCUCUAUGCCCGCCUAGCUGCGCGCCUCUCAUCGACAGGUGCAGAUCUGGCGAUACUAGGCGCUGCGAUGGCGCUGCUGCUCGCUGCGAGACAUGUGAGGAAGUGCAAGGCACAGCUCGAGCGCUUCGCGCAGGAGUGCUUCACGCAUUGGCUAGCCAUGAGCGGCGGCUUCUGAACGGGCUUUGAAAUGCGAAUUGUGCGUGAGGCGUGAUGAUGUGAGGCAUCCGAGUAGAUGGGUGACUGCGAGGUGGUGGAAGAG